UCACACUGAUUGUUACUCCAGCUGUUCUUUGUUUGCCGCCACUUAUUUUAUUGUAUUUAUAAACAUUAAACGAUUCCAAAUCACUGAGCAUGUCACUGUUUCCAGCCUAUGGCGGCGUAUCAAAGCCGCCUCCAGCCGUCAAAGAAACAAAUACUGAAGAAACCACACAGGCGGCGGCAGCAGCGGCAUUCGCCGGUGAAUCCUCAACGGAGGGCUGGAAAAACAACACAAGCUUCGCCGCGGGCAGCCAGGUGAUAGACGACGAGAAACCCGGAACGCACAGCUCACCGCCAGAUAGCUCCAGCGAGGAGGAGGAGAGCUCGAGGGAGGGCAGCAGCCCCCGACCGCCGGAACAGAGAGAACAGAGAGAGAUUCCCCUGCGCCGCCUGGAGUUCGAUGCCAGCGACGGCUUCUAUGUGGACAAGAAGAACAAUGCCAGCUACCUGACAGUCAAGAGCCUGGCUCGCCUCUCCCGCCCCCGCUACAUACCGAAGCUGCGACGCCUCAGGGAUGUCAGUCAGCCCUUUCAGGGGCUCGGACACCACCGGAAGGUGGACUGGAAGCGCUGCCGCUAUGGCAAACGUGUGGAGAGGGAGAGCAAAGUGACGCCGGAAGAGCUGGACGCGGUGCGCACGGAGCUCAACGAGUGCCGCGUGCUGGUGGCCAGGGAGCCGCAGCGCUUGGAGCACUGGAUGCGGCAGCACCAGCUGCUGGGACGCAAUCCAGACAGAGCCAACCGUCUGGCCGUCUCCGAGCAGCAGCUGCACGCGCUCAAGCUGGCCCUGGAGCAGCACACCUCCAACGAGGAGAUCCUACAGCUGUACAUAGAGACGGCCUCCGCCACGUAUCCGGCCAGUCAGGUGGCGCUGCUGAUCGAGCAGUUGCUGGAGCGGAAUCCGUUCGAGUACACGCUGUGGACAGCGCUGAUUAUGGCCACGCAGGGCACGAUGGCGAGGUGCAACGCGAACGAUGUGCUGCGCAUCUACGAGAAUAGCAUGCGCCGCAUGCACCUGGGCCACACGGACGACAGCAGGCGGUUCGACUCGGUGGACACGGACCCCAUCAUGCUCAAGCUCUUCCACAACUGCGCGCUCUUUCUGCGGCAAAUGGGGCACAGCAAUCGGAUGUUCGCCAUGCUCAAGAUGGCCCUGGAGAUGAAUGUGAUGGGGCUGGAGGUGGACUGCCUGGUGGCGCAGGCGGAGCGCGAGCGGCCGCUCAUUGACUACGAGGAGGUCGUCCUGGAGUCGGGCAUGCCCCUGCCAGAGAUAUGGACGCGCGUCGAGCUGCUGCGCCAGGCGUACUGCUAUCUGCCCUACCCGGCGCUGGCCACCGAUGAGAACAUCGAUGCGGAGCGUUUGGUGUUCAGCGCCGACGUCUGCUCGUACGUCUACCCACUGAAGGCGCCCUGCAAUCGGCUGCAUCUGUAUCUGCUGAUCGUGCAGGUGACCAAGGUGCCCGUGGUGCGCAGCCACUGCCUGGCGGAGCGUCUGUGCGCGCGCAUCAAGCAGAUCGGCGAGUCGGAGGCGGUCGAGAUGCUGCUGGCCGUUCUGGCGGAUCGCCACACAUACAUCACCGCCGCGCGGCAUGCCGGCAACUUCUCGCUGGCGCUGCUCAACCUCGCGCGAGAGAUGAGCGUGACGCCCAGCUUCAUGCCGCACUUCCUGGGCAGCGAUCUGUACGAGGAGACCGUCUGCGGGCUGCUGCUCAAGUGCAGCGAGGCCCUUGCCCACGAGGAGAACUCGCGCCGGAUAUUCAUUCUGCUGUGGUUCCGCUUCAAGCGGCUGCUGCUCGUCAUUCGCAAGCGCAUGAAGAAGCUGAACCCGGAGUACCUGAAGGAGGCGCGGCAGCGCAUUCGCCAGCUGCUGCGCCAGGAGGAGAACCGGCAGGUGGCGCGCUUCUUCACGGAGCUGGCCAUGUUCGAGUACGAGGCGCUGGACGGCGACAGCGAUCCGGCGCCAGCCUUCAACGUCUUCCGGCACGUGGUCGACUGGCAGCGGAGCACCGAGGCGCGUCUCGCCCAGCCCGACCUCAUGCACGCCUACGCCACCUACGCGGAGAUGCUGAUCGCGCGCAAUCAACGGCAGGAGGCGCUGGAGCUGCUCACCUGCGUCUGCCUGCAGCAGCACGCGCCGCUCAGCGCGGAGCAAGCGGCCGACACAGCAGCGGCGCUGCAGCACAGCGAGAGGCUCGUGCAGGCGGAGCUGGAACUGCUCGACGCUGCACCGCCGACCCUGGCGCUGGAGGAGUUCUUUGCGGCCAAUAAGCUGCUGCUGGGGCUGCGCUGCCACUGCCUCGCCCUGUGCCUGCUGGGCCGUGCCACCGAGGCCGAUCAGCUGCUCCACGCUCUGCUCAAGGCACGCUUCGGCGCCGGCAAAGUGCUGGGCAGCGAGCGACAUCGCUUCCUGCGCGAGCAGCUGCUGGAGCUGCACAUGGUGGUGCUGCAGGUGCCGGGCGCUGUGUCCAGCAGCAGCAGGCAGCUGGUGCAGCUGCUGGAGCGGGGGCUGGAGGAGUUUCCGCGCAACAUGGCCCUGCUGGGACGCUGGGCCACCGUGGACAAGCUGCCCUGGUACAAGCAGCGCGCACGCUUCAUCCGCACCAAGGGCGGCAUUCUGUCCGUGCUCCAUCUGGUGCUGGCCGCCCGCUGCCGCUACGUCCUCAGCCUGGAGCAGCAGUCGGGCGGGGUGGAGGCGGAGGCUGGUGUGGGCCAGCACAUCCCCUUCCAGCUGGCCGCGCGGAAUCGCGUGAUCCACGUGUUCGAGACCUUUCUGCCGACGAAUGUGCAGCGAUCGGAGACCGAGGCCGAGCAGUACCAGAUCCUCAGGCGGAACUCGCUCUACUGGCGCUGCUACCUGCGCUGCCUGUCCGACAAGUACACCAGCUUCGACCGCAGCAAGGAGGUGCUGCUCACCGCCCUCGAUGAGUGCCCCUGGGACAAGGCGCUCUACAUGGAUGGCGCCAUGUACGUGCCGCAGGAGCUGGGCCACCUGCAGGACGUCAUGAUCGAGAAGCAGCUGCGCAUCUACGCGAUGAUUGAGGAGUUGGACAUCCUCAGGCACUCCUAGCACCCCUUUAACUAUUUCAUUUGCGAGUAAGUAAAUAAAUAAACGAUG